ACUACUAGUUCCUUGUACCCAUCACAUCGCCACCUUAUUCUUCUUCGGAGUCGAGAGCUUCGUGCCCUCCAAUCGGCGGUCGGCGCACGCUCUAUCUGUUUCGCGGAUCAUCUAUUUGUGAAGCAGUCAUUGGUUGACCCAACUUGACCCGGCUGCAGCGAUGGAGAAGGAGGCGAGCAGCUCCAGCGACGUGUCUGCUUCUCAUGUAGGCCGUGUUAGGAAUCGUAAGCGCCCUAAUGAGGUCAUGACAGACGGGAAUAAAGCCAAUGGACAGACUUUGCUUGUUAGCGACCGGAACAAGUAUAAGUCGAUGCUUAUCCGUACAUAUUCUACUGUUUGGAUGAUUGGUGGCUUUGCAUUCCUAGUUUAUAUGGGUCAUCUUUAUAUCUGGGCCAUGGUGGUUGUCAUUCAAAUAUUCAUGGCGACAGAGCUUUUUAACCUACUCAGAAAAUCCAGUGAAGAAAAACAACUGCCAGGGUUCAGGCUUCUGAACUGGCACUUCUUUUUCACAGCAAUGUUGUUUACAUAUGGACGCUUUCUUAGUCGGGAGCUUGUUAACACAGUAUCUUCAGAUCACUUGUUGUAUAAGCUCGUCAGCGGCCUAAUAAAGUAUCAGAUGUUUAUUUGCUAUUUUCUUUAUAUUUCAGGAUUUGUAUGGUUUAUUUUGACACUGAAGAAAAAGACAUACAAAUACCAGUUCAAACAGUAUGCCUGGACACACAUGAUCCUUUUAACGGUUUUUGCGCAAUCUUCUUUCACGGUUGCAAAUAUAUUCGAAGGAAUGUUCUGGUUUCUUCUACCUGCUUCACUUAUUGUGAUCAAUGACAUUGCUGCCUAUUUAUUUGGUUUCUUUCUCGGGAGAACACCAUUGAUCAAGUUAUCUCCAAAGAAAACAUGGGAAGGCUUUAUUGGUGCAUCGGUGACAACCAUCAUCUCUGCUUUCCUGCUAGCGAAUGCAAUGGGCCGCUUCCAGUGGUUUACAUGCCCAAGAAAGGACCUGUCAACAGGGUGGCUUCAGUGCGAUCCUGGUCCUAUGUUUAAUCCAGAGCAUUAUUAUCUGGGAGAUUGGGCACCACAUUGGUUUCCAUGGAAAGAUGUGUUCCUAAUGCCUGUGCAGUGGCAUGCUUUAGCCCUUGGUUUGUUUGCAUCGAUAAUUGCACCAUUUGGUGGAUUUUUCGCAAGUGGCUUCAAGAGGGCUUUUAAAAUAAAGGAUUUUGGCGACAGUAUACCUGGGCAUGGUGGAAUCACUGACCGAAUGGACUGUCAAAUGGUCAUGGCAGUUUUUGCAUACAUAUACCACCAGUCAUUCAUCUCACCGCACAAUUUCUCUGUUGACGCAAUCUUGGAUCAGAUCUUAAGAAACCUGACGUACGAGGAGCAGAGAAACUUGUAUGAGCAACUCGGGGAGAUGUUAGGCAACUUAUGCAAAGCUGAUAAACUGUCUGCUUGCUUAUGAAAAGCACACAAUACGAUACAGUAGGCUGGCUGUGUAUGUUAUUUAUUUGAGACCUGAGUUCGCCGCCAUGAAUGUAGCUCUAGAUUCACCGUGUACAGCAUCGUCGUCGGAGCUCCUCUGUACCCUUGUGAGUUGUGAUGGAAAACAUUGUACAGAACGAAUGUAUGGACUAUGGUUGAUAGGGCUAACUAAUUUAAUUAGGUGCUUGAUUCGCUGUGAACUUGUUGCUACUUCUUUUCUUCCCCUGCUAUUGAUUUAUUAAUUUGCCCGAA